AAGCAAAACCCAGUAAUUAUUUCAAUAUCAUUUCGUAUUAUUUUUUAUCUAAAAUUUGUUAUCUUCACAAACACGUGGUGUUGUUUACAUUUUUGAGGGAAAGAUAAUAUAAACUCUUCAAUUUUAAUACAAAAUGCCAAGUUUUCGAUGCCAGGUUUGCGAAGAAAACAUUGCCAAAUACACAUGUCCUCGGUGCAAACGUAAAACAUGUAGUUUGGUCUGUGUAAAGAAACAUAAAUAUGAAAACAAAUGUGAUGGGGUCAGAGACAAAACUGCUCAUGUUGCAGUUAAAGAUUUCACUGAUAGAGAUUUAUUAAGUGAUUACAGAUUUUUGGAAGAUACAUCAAGGAAAACAAACAGUAUUACUAGAGAUGUUAUUAGACUAGAAAAAGAAAAACCAAGAAUGCUGAACCAGUUAAUACGUGAAGCUAAGAAUAGAGGAAUUGAUUUAAAAGUUUUACCAUACCCUAUGACCAGACGGAAGACAAAUACCACAAGAUAUUUUCGUCAGGAAAAAAUAAUAUUUUGGCGUGUUGAUUUAGUGUUUCCACAAGCAAGUGUAAAAUAUACAGAAAAAAGGACUGAUGAAAACACAAGUCUUGAUGAAAUAUUAAAGAAUUAUAUAUCCCCAACAGAAUCUGAUCCAGUUAUAAGACAAAAGUUAAAACAAUAUGUUCAGACAAUGAGUGACGAAAUCAAGAUAUUUUUAUUAGUAGAAAAUAGACCCAGUAAUGAUAAAAGGUAUUUUGGACUGGAUAGCUCAAAGACACUAAAGCAGAAUUUAACAGAAAAAACAGUUUUAGAAAAUCCUGUAUUAACCAUUGUUCUUAAAAAGAACUGGUCUGAAUAUACUUUAUUAUCUGAAGAGGAAGAAUUAGAAGUGAAAGAAAAGCUCAAAUUAGAAAUAGCUAAACCAGUAGUUAAUAACAAACACAAUAGAUCACAACAAAAUUUGAGAUCCAGUAAUAUCAGACGAAGACAUCGUCCCAGGAACAGGACUACAAACCAUAAUGUAACCCCAUGAAAUUUCAAAAGUAUGACAUCUGUACAUAAACUAAUUUUUGUUAUAAACAAUUGUGUUUUA